AUGGUAGACACUGAGAAGCAUGAACAGAAUUUCCCAUCAAAACUCACUGUUUAUGUGGUCGUAUGUUGGAUUCUUGCAGCUUUUGGUGGCUUGAUGUUCGGUUACGAUAUUGGAAUCUCAGGUGGAGUGACAGCCAUGGAUGACUUUUUGAUUCAUUUCUUUCCAACUGUUCAUGAAAGAAAGCUUCAUGCCGAGGAAAACAAUUACUGCAAGUAUGACGAUCGAUAUCUUCAGCUUUUUACAUCUUCACUCUACCUUGCUGCCCUUGUUUCCAGCUUUGGUGCAUCAGAGGUAUGCACUAAAUUUGGCCGAAAGACUACAAUUCUUGUUGCAUCAGUACUUUUCCUGUCUGGAGCGGCCAUGAGUGCUGGUGCUCAGAAUAUUUGGAUGCUAAUCAUUGGCAGGAUCCUCCUUGGUUUGGGGGUGGGAUUUGGCAAUGAGGCAGUUCCUCUAUUCUUAUCAGAGAUAGCACCGGUGGAACGUCGGGGGGCUGUGAACAUUCUCUUCCAAUUCUUUGUUACGAUAGGGAUAUUCUUUGCCAAUCUAGUCAAUUAUGGCACAUCAAAGAUGCAUCCAUAUGGAUGGAGAGUAUCCCUGGGGCUUGCUGGUGUGCCAGCUUUGUUCCUGUUUAUAGGAUCCAUAGUCAUCACCGAAACACCGACCAGUCUGAUCGAACGCGGAAAUGAAACUGCAGGGCAUAUCACGCUCAGGAAGAUUAGAGGAGUCGACAACGUUAAUGCCGAGUUUGAGCAAAUUAAAGCUGCCAGUGAGAUAGCCAGCCAAGUCAAGCACCCAUACAAGAAACUCAUGAAGCGCUCUAGCAUGCCCCCACUAAUUAUAGCCAUCCUGUUGCAAGUCUUUCAACAGCUUACAGGAAUCAAUGCUAUAAUGUUUUACGCACCUGUCCUGUUUCAAACUGUUGGAUUCAAAAACGAUGCUUCACUUUUGUCAGCUGUGAUCACUGGAAUUGUGAAUGUAAUAAGCACAUUGGUCUCAAUCUUUGCUGUGGAUAAGGUUGGGAGGAGGAUUCUGCUCCUUCAAGCCUGUGUGCAGAUGUUCAUAAGCCAGGCUGCAAUUGGAGCAAUUUUACUAGCUUUCUUGUCAACUACAGGCUCACUUACCAAAUUACAAGCAGCUAUUGUUGUGGGGCUGGUAUGUUUGUUCGUUAUGUCCUUUGCAUGGUCCUGGGGUCCUCUUGGCUGGUUGAUACCAAGUGAAACAUUUCCUCUAGAGACAAGAACUGCAGGGUUUGCUUUUGCAGUUAGCUCAAACAUGUUCUUUACUUUCCUCAUAGCUCAGGCAUUCUUAUCGAUGUUGUGUAAUAUGCGUGCCUUUAUAUUUUUCUUCUUUGCUGGCUGGAUUCUCAAAAUGGGGUUGUUUGUGUAUUUCCUGUUGCCGGAGACAAAGAAUGUGCCAAUAGAUCUUAUGGCCGAAAGAGUUUGGAAGCAGCAUCCGGUCUGGAAAAAAUUCAUGGAUUAA